AACUAGAUUAUUGAAAUAAUAAAUCACAUGGCUUUCAGAGAAAAGAAAACUUCUUGGGCCUUCAAAAUCCGGGAGCACAUGUUCUAAAGGACGACGACAGACAGACAGACAAAGCUUUUUGUUCCCUGGACAAAUCUGCUGAUGGGCCAUGGGCCUUCAUCAGACUCUCACCUAAAAAUAGAGCCCACAACGGUAUGUCUAUACAUGCAAUCCCUGCUUAAUGCAUUUCAGAAAACAUGUCUUCCGAUAACUUCUGAGAGCCUCCCAUUCUCAUUGCUCACUAUUAGGCUCCAUCCUUUUUUUUCCCUCCUAUAUUAACAUAGUUCUUGAUCGUCGUCGCUUUCUCCCCAAUAAAAAGAAAAGGCAACGUGAACCAGAAACAGGGAAGGCCAGAUCUCCACCGUCCAGUUGCGAUCAGAUGGCAAGAGUUGCAUCCAGCUGUGCUGCCAUCCUCGCACAAAGGAGGGGCCUCUCUGCGGCGAUGACGGUCGCGGAGGAGUCCGUGAAGAAGGUGGAGGAGAAGGCGGUGAAGCUGGGCACGGUGGCCAAGGACAUCGCCAGCGCCAUGGCGACCACGACGGAGGAGAAGACGGCGUUCUGGGAGCCGGACCCCGAGACCGGUUACUACCGGCCGGUGACCGGCACCAAGGAGGUGGACCCCGCCGACCUGCGCGCCGAGAUGCUCAAGCAGAGGAUGCUGCAAGACUGAAGCAAUCCUGGUGUCUUUUGGUGCAGCAGGCACGGUCUGUCCCUGAUUGAAGAUUACCCGGUGAAGAUGGCUGCCUAUUAUUGGCCAUCUUGAGGACCCAUUUGGGAGGAAUUUCGUGUAAUUGAUUGAUGUAGGAACUAAUCUGGCUCUUGCUCAGUUAAUGGAGAAUUCCUGGGUUCAAAACAUGCCUUACUACACUCCACGAGAUCUCGAAAGCAUUA